AUGUUCAAAAUCGCCUUAGUUUCCUUUGCCCUUGUGGCCAUGAGUGCUGGCGAUUUGCAAUAUCAAGCCGGACAUCUAGUUGAUCCGGGCUUCUACCGACCUCCUACUGGACCCGUCCACGACUUACAUCACCACGAUGUCCACGGCCAUCACGAUGACCAUCACCAUCACGAUGUUCACCAUUACGACGAUCAUCAUCACGAUGUUCACCAGCAUCCCAAAGUAUUUAUACCACCUCCCUCGCAUUUACCUGUCCACCAUCACGAUGACCAUCACCAUCAUCACGACGACCAUCAUCACGAUGUGCAUCACGACGUGCAUCAUGGCCACGUGGACCCACACCACCACCACGAGGAGCCACACCACCACCAUCCACCGAGCCAAGGAGGUCUCCUCUCGAAAUUGCACCACGCUUGGCACGAUCUCACCGGAACCAUGCACCAACAUCAUUGA